AUGCUCCUCAUCUUGAUCUCUUUGCUGGCUGCCCCAACCUCGAUCGCGCAAAGCACGAACGCCAUCUGCAACAGAAACGAAACGACAUCUUGGCUCUUCAACGCUGAUGGCGAAUCUCCUUGCCUGGCAUGGUCAAAGCUUCAGUCCCUCUGCCUCCCCGCUCAGUCAAACAUCAACGUUCCUCCGCUGCAAGACGCAUCAUGGGGAUACAAUCCGCCCUCAUCGACAGAGAAAGACAGUCUUUGCCAGUGCACUGUAGUAGCCUAUGCCUUGAUGGCAGGCUGCUCCUGGUGUCAGAUCGGCAGCUCAGCAUCUUGGGUUACUGAAAAGCGGUGGCGGCAGGACUGCGCAGCCUACAAUGACACUAGCGUGUCAUUUGCCCAGAUCGUGCUCACACUUCCUGCUUAUGCGUUCCACCCCUGGCAAGAUGCACGAUGGAACCCUAUCGUAGCCCUCGAUGCCUCACGCGGGCCCACCACCGUAGCACCGACUGUCGCCACCACCACCCUGUUCCGCUCCUUCCCACCGGGAUCAUCGACACCUCACUCGCCCGCCUCUUCAAACCCCGCGAGUACAGCCACUGACGGCUCGCCAGGCUCUACGAUGAGCCAGUCCGCCCGUCUCGGUGCCAUCAUUGGCGGAGUAGCGGGCGGUAUUAUCCUUCUUGUCCUGAUCUUCCUCCUCUUCCGGUACUGGAGAAAACGCCACGACUUUGACGAGGCCGCCCAGACCCGACAAAAGGGAUUCAUGAGCAUUAGUAGUGAAGGCGGAUACGGUAGGGGUGAGCCAGCGGGUCUGCCGUUCCCCGACCCCGACACGCCUCGGCCGGAGCAACAAGGCUCAGCAGGCUUUUUUGGCUCUCUGGCGGGAAAAAAGGGAGAGGAUCGGUCGAGGAUCUCCAGGUGGUCCGAAACGUUCUUUACCAACCCACGAAAGGCGCCGAAGCCCAUAUCGAAGGGGUAUGCGACUACGACGCAAAGGCUUCGGCACAAGGUCACCAGCUUCGCUAGCACCGCGACGUCACGCACGGACAGGAGCAGUUUCGACAUCACACACGAGCGGGGAGUAGCUGCGUCAGGCUUGGCGAGUGCUAGGUCGCUGCAGGGAGGGGGUUGGGACCGGGAUCCGCACCGAGAGCGAGGCAUGUCGAUCCAGGUGCCGGAGCGCGCGUCAAUGAAGCCAUCCCCACUCCGCCACCCGUUCGCUCUGUCGCCAGGAUACGAGCCUGGAUCCCCUCGCUACGUCGCCGCUGCCUCGCCUCUCAACCCCUCUCAUCAGAUAGUAUCCCGGCCCCCGCCAAGAGAGAGCUUCGCCGACCGGUGGUCCGAUCAAUCCAGCGUCUUCACCUUCGCUACUUCCAAAACCCGUGAAACCCUUCCCUCCUUUUCGACUUCCGUUAAAGACAUCAAAGACCACCGCACGGCAUUGGCGAAGAAAGCGGCUGGCUCCGAGGCGGCCGCGCGGAAGAGGGACGAUGAACGAUGGAGGAUGGAGAAGGAUCUGCCACCGCCACCGUCUGGGGAGAGGCUGGACAGCGCGUCGACGUCGCCCGAGAUCGUGCUCGGUCAGCAGGCAUCAGUAAAGGACUUGAAGAAGAAGACCAGAUCCAAAUCCAAGUCUCGAGGUGGGGAUGUAGUAGACGAAUCGGGCGACAAGAAAAAGAAGAAAAAGAAGAAGAAGCGGAGCUCACACACACCCAGCCCCAAGCGCUCCUCCACCAUCGACACGCCCUCGGCUUCAGUCAAAAUGCCAGUCGCCCAUCCUGCUGUCCGCAAGCUGUCCAAGAUCGCCCACACGCGCCGACCAUCUGACGUCUCCGAGUACAUUCAUAAGCCGCUACCGCCUCCACCCGGCGCGAUUCUCCUACAGCCCGACCCGUUGUCUCCUAGAUUUGCCGGGGGUCAUCCAGGCGCCUCUGUGGACUUCUCCGUCGCCCCACCUCGAACGCCCACCUCGAUGAUCUCCCCUCGCACCCAGCCGGCACGCCACCGCGAUUCCCUCGCAUUGCCAUCUCGUCACCUCUCCGCCCCUUUCAGCGCCAACUCGCUCGCGAAUGCUCGAAUGACCACCAUCACCGUAGACUUCCCCUCGCCGUCCGCUUACACCUCUCGCCCAGCCUCGACACUCCCACUGACGCCCCGUCUCGGCCGAGGAAGAGGGCUGAACAAGGCUCGCAGAAGGACGACCGAGUUCUCCGAUGGCAGACUGAGCCCACAUCCAACGUUGCCGAGUCUGUACGAGCCGAAGACGGGCGCGGAGCUGUAUAUGCCUGAUACGCCACCGGCUCUUCCGCCUGACAAGGGACUUCGAGCUGGAAGGCGCGGGGAGAGGCAGUAG